GCAAUGAAACAAAAACAGUGGUUUUUUAAAAUGUUUUAUAUUUAUGAAGGUAAUACAGCUGGCUUAAUUCUGAGAGCAAUGGAUAAUUACCAUAAUAACACCUGCGUUCAAUUUGUUCCAAGAACAGACGAAAGGAACUACAUCAUACUCUUUUCAAGGAAAGGGUGUUAUUCUUAUGUGGGUAAAAUUAAUGGUCAGCAGAAAUUAUCACUCGGUAACGGUUGUCACUACUUUGGUACAAUAAUCCAUGAGUUGGGACACGCCGUUGGAUUCUACCACGAACAGAACAGAUCAGACAGAGAUGAAUACUUGAUCAUUUAUCUGGAAAAUGUCGCACAAAAUGUUCAGCAUAACUUUCGAAAGCUUAGUUCGCAAGGGAAUAUCUUGUACAAUACAUUUGAUUACGACUCCAUCAUGAUUUACGAUAACAAAGCCUUUUCCAAGAAUGGAAAAGAAACGAUGGUGGCCAGAAAUGGACAGAAAUUGUUUCACGCAAUCAAAAAGCCAGGAAUGACCAAAAAUGAUAUUGAAAGAGUAAACAAAAUGUGCAAAUGUAACUCUUAUUAA